AUGUAUAUCGCGAAUCAUCUCAGUUUACCAUUAUUGGCCGGCGUCUUUCUCGUCGGCACAGUCCUCUAUGCCUUGGUCAACGCCUUCAAGUCUCCUCUCCGCGGCUUACCUGGGCCCUGGUACACUCAUUUCACUCACCUCGUCCUCAAACGGCAGAUUCUCGCUGGCAACCGCGUUCAUUACAUUCACUUACUGCACCAGCGCUAUGGGCCAGUCGUCCGCGUUUCGCCAGGUGAGGUUGCAGUAAGCGACCUGGAAGCGUUCUCCAAAAUUCACAAGAUUGGUUCUGGCUUUCUCAAGUCUGCCUGGUACGAUGGCGUGGUUCCGGACCGAGAACCGGGCAUCUUUGACAUGAGAGAUCCUCAUCAGCAUGCUGCUAGAAGACGAUUGUUUGCUCGUGCUUUCAGUGUCAGCUCGUUAUUAGCCAAUUGGGAGUCGGAAAUCCGACACAAGACUGAGCUUGCAGUGAGCAACAUCAAGCGAGAUGCUCAAAGUACUGGGGCGGAUGUGUUUAAGUGGUGGACUCUUAUGGCGACAGAUGUGAUCGCUCAUCUUUCAUUUGGAGAAUCAUUUCGAAUGCUGGAGCUGGGCAAGCAAACUCCCUACAUUGAUGCAGUCCAGUCCGCGCUUCUUGUGAGCGGCAUCCGAGCCGAACUGUCAUGGGUUUAUCCAAUUCUUCGGCGUCUGCCCUUUCCAGGUUUGAAGAAGUUCCUCAGUGCCGACAGCGUUGUCUUUGAGCACGGUUCCAUAGCUGUGCGAAAUAUGCAGAGCGCAGGGGACGGCCUCAGCAAGGCGAAUCUGUUUAGCCAAAUGCUGGCCGAGUCUGACAGUCAGGAAAAGACGAAUCUCUCCACAUCAAGCGUGCAGCAAGAAGCGAGCAAUCUCAUCGUCGCUGGAUCAGACACAACGGCUGUGACCUUGACGUAUCUCGUCUGGGCCGUUCUCAAGCAGCCCCAGCUUCAAGCUGAACUGGAACGUGAGAUUUCAGAGCUCAGUGAUGAGCUGACCUUUGAAGAGCUCAAGAGUGCUCCACUCCUCAACAGUGUGAUUGAAGAGACACUUCGCCUGUAUGGCGCAGCUCCUGGUGCUCUUCCGCGUGUCGUGCCUGGCAAGGGUCUUGAUGUUUGCGGUCAUUACAUCCCUCCCGGUACUGUUGUCAGCACCCAAGCGUUCACACUGCACCGCAACGGAAACAUCUUUGACGAUGCACAGAGGUUCAAUGGCUAUCGUUUCAUGGACAAAUCAACGCUGACAGCGGCACAAAAGACCGCCUUUUCUCCAUUCGGCGCUGGAUCACGAAUUUGUAUCGGUCUACACUUGGCUUGGAUGGAGUUGCGACUUGGUGCCGCGCUAUUCUUCCGUGAAUGCCGUGGCGCUACGCUAAGUCCUGAGAUGACUGAUGCAAUGAUGGAGAUGGAGAACAGGUUCUUGAUUGCGCCCAAAGGUCACAAAUGCAUUGUCAAGUUGUGA